UCGGCGGCACUGAUUUAGAAAUCUCUGUGUGCUGGAAUUACAAGCAUUUCGCUGGCUUUGUGGUGUCUGCAGCUCUUCAGUCCGACAUCAACCGACCAACUAACCUGACGAGUGUUUUGGAACAAAAAAAUAAUCGCGGCGCGCGGUGCUAAAAACACGCACACAUACAUAAAAUCAUUUAAAACGCUUCUUAUUUACUUCUUGGAAUAUUUAUAAAAAAAAUAUUUUUCAUUUUGGCGCUGUAUGUGUUAAAACAACUUGAGAAAUUAAAAAAAAAUAAGCCAUCAAAUCAUUACAACUCCUUCUUGAUGCGGGAAAAAACUAGUUAUCGUUUUUCCCUUUAAUUUUGUGUUUUAUUAUUUUUUCAAUUUGUGAAACAAGUGAAAAAUGUUAAAAAUUAUUACAAAAAUUAAUAGCCAAUUCGCCAAAUAAAAAUAAAUAUAAAUAAAUCAUUUGUUUUUGGAAAAAAACCCCGAUUCGAAAUAAGUUCUUAAGCAGAAAAUUUAUACAUAAAUUGUGAGAAUACAAGGAGGAUUACACAAUUACACACAAAACGCCAUUUUGGAUUUUUGCCUUUCUGGCUGGCUGCGGCUGCUGCUGGUGCUUGUUAUAGCCAAAAAGGACACAACCCACCUUCCCUACCAAAGAAGGAGCACUAAAAACCCCACAUAAGACAAAAAGAGCGAAAGAGAAACACAGAGAGAGAGAGAAAGAAAGAGAGUAGCUCUAAAAUAUUAGCAACAGUAGCUGGAGUAUCCCAGAAGUGGCGGGAGUAUCAGGAGAAACCUAUACUAAAAUAAAAUUUUGCUCCCCACAACAGCAGCUAAGCCAUAAUUAAAGAGCAAAAGGUGGACUAGCAAAAAAAAAAAAAAGGAAAAAUUAUGAAAAAUCACUUAAUAUAGUCUACUCUUUAACUUUUUGAUAACUUUUAAAAUCUUCGCAGAAUUUUUGUUAAAAAUUUAUAAAUCUUUUGCUCAAGAAACUACCAACGCAUUAUUUCUCCUAAUUGUUCUACAUUGUCGUCGCCUUCUCACUACAUCGCCAUGGUGUUCAUCGCCAAACAACACUCAUCAUCAUCAGCAUCAUCAAAUCUGGAUUAUGAUGAUAAUGAUGCAAAUGAUAGUGGUUUCAAGCUGUGGUCUCAAGCUUCCACCUUGUCAAAACAUCAAACUUUUGUGAAAACAUCUCGUCAGGUCAUCAACUCGGCAAUAUGUAAAAAAUCUCCCAAAUAUUUCAUGGGGAUUUCCUCACCAUCAUCAUCAUCAUCACCAUUGUCAUCUCUAUUAUGUUGUGGAUUACUGAUUGCCGUAACGCUCAGUUGUUGCGUUAAUAAUGCAUUGGGGCGUGCACCACCAGAGCCCUACUAUGGUCGUUUCAUCGGACAAUUUACAAAUUUCGCCCAUGGCAUAAAGGGUGCCAUUUAUGCUGUGGACGAAUCAACGCUGUUCAUAAAAUCCUUUGCUUAUGAUGGCACGGGACCGGAUGCCUUCUUUUGGGUUGGUGAAACGCCACGUCCAAGUCCAGAAGGAUUCAUUAUACCCUACCCAGAGGACUAUGUAGGAAUUGAGCCCCCCAUAUUGAAGGCACAUAAUAAUACGGACAUCAUACUGCGUCUACCCAUGGGCAAAAGGAUUAAGGAUAUAAAAUGGCUCUCUGUGUGGUGCAGACGUUUUACGGUUAACUUUGGUGAUGUCUUUAUAUCACCUGGAUUGGAUGUGCCCAAGCCACGUGUUUUGCCCGAAUUCAAACGUCUUGCACAUGGUUUACGAUCAAGCAAUAUCAGCGUCUUGGAUGCCAAAACAUUUUAUAUUCCCAAUCUGCACUAUGAUGGUGCUGGACCAGAUGCCUAUUUUUGGGUGGGCAAUGGUUCCGAGCCAAAUAUUAUGGGUAUAAAGGUCCCCAACGAAAUUGGCUCAUUGGAACCCCUGCGUGGCUAUCAAGGUGAAGAUAUAGAAAUUCAAUUGCCCGGCAAACUGACAGUCUACGAUAUCGAUUGGCUAGCCGUGUGGUGUGUGGAAUAUCGUCACAAUUUCGGCCAUGUCUAUAUACCCAAAGAUUUGGAUGUACCACCGGCUUUGGGACAAACCAAAAUAACAACCACAACUUCGCCGAGACCUGUUAUUGCCAAUUGUCGAGAGGUGAUACCAAAUAAAUUGCAGGUGAAAUGGGAAUUGCAAGGUGAAUAUCUGCAGGUGGAGUUGGUGGGCCGCAUUACUGAGGACCAGUACAUGGCCUUUGGUGUUUCGGGUGCCAAUGGACGAGCCCAAAUGUCGCAAGCCGAUGUUGUGGUGGCCUUCUACGACUCAAAUACCCGUGUCUUCAGGGCUGAGGAUUAUUUCAUACGGGACUUAGCGCAAUGUGAUGGUACUAAUGGUGUCUGUCCAGAUGACAAGAUUGGUGGACGCAAUGAUGUCAUUGUGUUGAGUGGAGAUCGCAAGAAUGGAGUUACCAACAUUCGCUAUAAACGUCUGCUGCAAACCAAUGAACAUCUCUAUGAUAGACCCAUACCUACGGAACGUGAGGUAUCCAUUAUUGCGGCCAUUGGACCUUUGAAUAGCCGUAAAGAAGCCAAUGCUCAUAGUCAUACAGGAACUGACCAUGUGGUGGAUGAUAUACGCAUAAAUUUCUCUUCUAGAAGCGACAACGAUUGCAAAAUCUCUUUGUACAAUGUCAAAGACGAAUCAGGUCCCACACCUUGGCCAACGCGUAAAAUUAUGAAUGAGAAUUCAUUUACCGCCCGCAUUGGUGCUACUGGUGGCAAACGUGGCUAUACUGCCAUUACUGGCGGUCCCUCAUGGGGUAUUGCCUGGUAUAUCAAUGAUUUGUUAAUACCUGAAAUAACGGUGGAACGUGGUAAAACCUAUGAGUUCCUGGUGGAAGGUGGUGAUAAUCCUAGCCAACCGGCAAGAUACCAUCCAUUUUAUAUAACCGAUUCUCCUGAGGGAGGCAUUGGACAAAAGACUGGCUUGGAAAUAAGCAAACAAAAGGUAUAUGCCGGUGUUGAAUUUGAUGAAGAUGGCAAUCCUAUACCUACAGCUGCCGGUCGUUAUUGCGAAUGGGAACACAUUAAUGUUGAUCGUUCAGGGGAAAGUGAAACGUUCGAAGACUUCAUGAAAACAUUAACACUGAGGUGUGAGGAAGGUGAACCUGGCUAUCUAAAUUGGACAGUGCCAACAGAUGCACCGGAAACUUUGUAUUAUCAGUGCUUUACCCACAACAAUUUGGGAUGGAAAAUUAAUGUCGUCUCCACUGCCGCCAGCCUAAGUAUACCAACGCUCUCACCAUUCUGGUUAACAAUAGUAAUGGGCAUGCUGUCAAUAAGUUAUCACCUAGCGCUGAAAAGGCUACACAACCAAGUUUAUCUUGCCUGAUAGUAAUCAACAAUAGACCAAAGAAGGCAACAACAGCAGCAGCAGCACAUCCUUUUCAUCAAACAAGGACAAUAAAUACAAUUUUGUAAUUUAUCAGAGUUUUUAAAGAUGGAAGCAAUUAUUUUUUUUUCUAAAUGAUUUAAAUGAUGAAUUUUUUUGCUAGAUAGGAUAUUGGAAAAAAAAGAAUAGCCAAGUAAUUAUUCAAAACGGGGCGGGAAAUAAGAAGCGAAACAAAACAUUUCAUGAGAAAAACAAAAAAACAGCUGUAAAGACAAAAUGUCAAAGUAACACAACCGGAAACUCGCAUCAAUUAUUAGAUUUUUAGGUCCUUGCAACAAAAUUGAAGACAAAAAUAAACCACAUAAAAAAUUUUUGAAGAAGAAGACAAUAAAUGGAGGUUAUGGUAACAGAAUAAUCAGCAUAUCAAACUCUGAUAAAUUAUAAAAAACAAAAAUAACACAAAAUGUCAAUAAUUAUGAAGAAAAAAAUCCAGCGAGCCAGGCUAUAUAAAAUAUUUUUUUUUCUAGAGAGACAUACCUGUUAGAAGCA